GGAGCACAGGUGGACGGAUGGUUGGGGUCAUUAAUAAAAGCCGGAUCGUACUCUAUAAACGCCGCCGGCUAUGGCUUUAUACUGACCGUCAUAUUAGGUGUGGGCGUAUCGAUGGUUGGGUCGUAUAUGCGGUUCAAAUCGCGUCGACGUCCGAAAAGCGCAGUUAACGUCUACGCGAACCAACAAAUGCCAGACCAACACAACCACAACAAUAGUCUACAGAAACAGCCCCUAAGAAUCAACGGAUUGCCCCCCGGAUUGCCGGCCAAUAUGGCGCCCAACGGCCGGUCCAUUGAGACCAUACCCCGAGAUGUGCCUCAAAACGUGUUCACAGUUGAGGGCACAGCAGCCCAACUUAAUAUGGGCCCCAAUGGUUAUCCCAUUCAGCAAAUGCUAACAAACCCGAUACACCGGGACAUCCCAUCCCCGCCGGGGCAGGGAAAUCCGUUUGACACACCAACACCACCCCACUCGCCACCGAAACGGCACCUGAUUGGUCAAUCGCAGCAGAAUAUACCGGGUACUGGCUUUUCCCAGGACAGUAGAGACGAGCCGUUAAAACCCUGGCCAUACCCGCCGCCGUCAUUGCCGCCAUCUGUGACACCAUCGGGACAGCCGUCGGGACACCCAUUGGGACAACCAUUAGGCCAGACAUCGCAGCCGCUGCCGUCUGAGUGGUCAGAGCGGGACCGGGAGAUAGAGGCCAAUAUGCGGCAAAUCGCUGGCCAGGUCUUCGCAGACCGCAUACGAGAGGGCCAGUUGGCCGGCAAUGCAGACAGAAUAUACCCCGAUUUGGUGCAACUCAAUCGAGAGGUUCGCACUCUGGUUAAGGGUAGGGACAUGAAAGAAAUCGAGUUCGCCAUCGAUAUGGCCAAUAAUAGAAAUAGAAAUAACGGCCGCAAAGAGUCGGUGGGCAGUACGGGAAGCAACCGGUCGGUGAUCGCUGAACGACAUUCUGGCCAUUCGGCCAAAGGAGAGGUUAUAUUACCGCCCGUAGAGGACGGCGAGACCCACACGACAGUCAUUAUACAGCGUAAGCCAUACGGCGAUCAAGUGAUCCGAUAGUGUGAUCGACGCCCGACUUUUCCAGACACUAGUUAUUUGUGAUUAUAAUUAUGGG